UCGACCGCAGUACUAGGUUGGCUCCAUGGUGAACCAAAUCGCUGGAAACCAUUCGUGGCUAACAGAGUAGCACAAAUCACAGAGAUAAUACCAACGAAUAGCGGGCGUUAUGUGAAAUCAGCCGAAAAUCCAGCUGAUUGCGCGAGCCGAGGUUUAUUAGCGAAUCAACUACAGCAUCAUACACUUUGGUGGCACGGACCAACCUGGCUAUCAACAUUCAAAGUAGACAAAAAUCAAAACCUACCAACUUACGUUACUUAUGAGGAAAUCAGAAAGUCAAUAAAAAGUAAUGUAAUUCAACAAAAUGAGGACAUUGUUUUAAAAUUAUUGAACAAAUUCAGCAAUUUCGAACGAGCGGCGCGUGUUCUUGCUAGGACUUUGCGCGCCAUAUCUCGCAGUCAACACAAACCAAAGUAUUUGACUGUCAGCGAAAUAAAAAUAGCUAAAUAUCGCUUAAUAAAACGAGUACAGCUAACGGUAUUUAAGGAAGAGAUAUUUAGUCUCCGAGAUCAGAAGCAAAUAGACGCGAAGAGCAAAUUGCUGAAGCUUAACCCAUUUUUGGAUCAAGACGGCCUAUUGAGAGUCGGUGGCAGACUGAACAACGCGAAGAUGAGCCAAAACAUGAAGCAUCCCCUUAUCAUUCCGAACAACACCCACCUCAGUGACUUAUUGAUCAAACAAGGACAUCAGAUGACACUUCAUGGGGGAGCGAGAGUUACUCAAGCAUGGCUGCGUCAUCAAUACUGGAUUCUGGGAGGAAACCGAGCAAUCAAGAAGUGCCUUCGGAACUGCGUCAAGUGCCGAAAACACGAUCCAAUCAAACACGAACAACUCAUGGGCGACCUUCCUUUAGCACGCAGCAAUCCAACACGACCAUUUUUCCAUACAGGGGUCGAUUUUACCGGGUUUGUCGACGUAAAAGCAAGCAAGGGCCGAGGUAUCAAGACCACGAAAGGAUACAUCGCUGUAUUCGUUUGUAUGGCCACCAAGGCUGUGCACAUCGAGUUAGUAUCGGACCUGACCUCAUCGUCGUUCCUAGCGGCUUUACGAAGAAUGGCAGCUCGGAGAGGCACCCCAGGCCAUGUCUAUAGUGAUAAUGGCACGAAUUUUGUUGGAGCAAGCAGAAUUCUUAACGAAGAGUUCGUCAAUAUUCAAAACACCUUAGAUGACAGUUUCUUCGAGGCAAUUGCCAGUAUGGAGAUUAACUGGCAUUUUAAUGCCCCUUCCUGGCCUAGCGCCGGAGGCCUCUGGGAAGCCGCCGUCAAGAGUUUGAAGUACCAUCUCAAACGAGUCAUAGGAAGUCAGAAGCUGACGUUUGAAGAAUAUUCAACUUUGCUCGCUCAAAUAGAAGCAUGUUUAAAUAGCCGACCAUUAUGCGCACUCAGUGAAGACCCCGAAGACUUAGACUGUCUCACACCGUUUCAUUUUUUGGCGAGUGGUCCAACACUAACUAUCAUCGAGACUGAGAGAGACUUGCGGACAAGGUGGCAACUCACACAAAAAAUAUUUGAUGACCUGUGGAAGAGAUGGCGAGCUGAAUACCUGUGCCAACUAUCAGCUCGCAGCAAGUGGCGCAAACCUCAUCAGAAUUUGAAGAUCAAUGACAUCGUCAUCAUUCACGACGUUAAUUUGCCCCCGGGAAAGUGGCCCAUGGGCAGAGUUAUUGAACUUCAUCCAGGGAAAGACGGAUACGUCAGAGUAGUGACCCUACGCACGAAAAAUGGGACACUUAAGAGACCAAUUACAAAAUUGUCCGUUUUGCCGAUCAACGACAAUAAUCAAAGCCACGAUGCAGAAAAAGAAAACCAAGAAGGUCAAACAAAUAACAAUAAAUAUUCCAAGCCAGCCUCAUCAAAAUUGUGUAACUUCAUAAUUACGACACUCAUACUUCUGAUGUUUAUUUGUUCAGGAACGUGCGAACACAAAAUUUCCAAAGUUGCAGAUAAUAAAAACAUAUUUUUUGAUAAAGUUACAAACAUGAAAUGGGAACGUGAUGAAUGGAAACUCAUCGUUUAUUGCGAUAUGGCUCCGUAUUGGCAAGGAAUGAACCUUCUGAACAAGUUUAUCACUCAUCUAGACAACAUAUGUUUAAGGGAUCAAAUACCACAAUGCAACGUCGUCCGAUUACAACUUACUCACGGGUACAACGAACUUGAACACUACAACAACGUUUUACUUGGUCAGCAAGGUCAAGUUCGUCGACGUCGCGGGCUUAUCAACGGCAUUGGCUACGUCGCACAUAGCUUGUUUGGAGUUUUAGACGAAACUUUUGCCGAACAAUAUCAGAAGGAUAUUGCCUUAAUAAGAAGCGAUCAAAAACAUCUUAGCAAUCUCUGGAGAAACCAAACGUCAAUUGUGGAGGCUGAGCUAAAUGUCAUCAAAAGAAUUGAAAAUACCCUGGACAAGCAACACAAGAUUCUCAAUCAACACAUUACCAACUACUACUCGGACAUGAACAAACUGAAGGAAGAAAUCCGACACACUGACAAUAAAGCGGCAUUCACAUUAUCAACGUUUAUUGCCAAUAACAUCAUGACCAAUCUAAAAGAAAUCCAGGAGACGCUAGUUGAUACAGUAGCCAACAUUUAUUAUGAAAAGUUUAACUUUCACUUACUAACACCAGCUCAGUUGAAAAACGAACUGAAUGUUAUAACCGGACAAAUCUCAAAGGACUUAGCCUUACCGAUUAAUAAUAUUCAAGCUGACUUAGCGAAGAUAUAUCAUUUAUUGAAAGUGAAAGCAAGAGUUACCAGGGAGUUCCUGAUUUUCGAAGUAAGAAUUCCUCUUGUAAGCAGGGAAGACUAUGAGCUUUACAACCUCAUACCGAUUCCACAACAAGCCAACACAAGCAUGGUCAUUAUAGUACCUGUAGCAAAGUACCUGGCUAUCAAUACACAUAAAGAUGCUUACAUUCCGGUGUCUACAAGCGACUUACAAAAAUGCGUUCCUUACAGCGCCGACGAGUACAUCUGCCCACUGAAAAGGCCUAUCUUUCAAAUGACGUCAGACAAAAACCUAUGUCUGAAACAACAAGCCUCUAAUCAAUGUCAGACUGAGACAAGAGAAUGUCAAGAUUCCUGGACUGAUUUGAAUUUAAUUAAUUCAUACUUAUACUUUUGUUGUGGACAAUGCAGUGUACGAGUCAUAUGCGAUAACAAUAUUACGAUCGAGCAACUCAGCAAAUCAGGUGUCAUUACUAUUGGAGACAGUUGCGUCAUCAAAAACAGAAUGUUUACGAUUUAUGCACACAGAUCGUUAUCAAAUACAAUAAAAACAAAGAUAGAUGUAAUGAACGUAGAAAUUCCACCCAUAAAUAACUUAAUCAAUCUGUCUAUACCUCUCAUCGCUCCACUGAAUGAGACAGACGAUAUCACCAACCAACAGGAAGACAUAAAGGCAAUUGAAAAGUCACUCAAAGAAAUGAAAUCCAAUCAGGAACUGGCAGAUCAAGUGACAUCCCAUGACAUUCACCAUUAUGUCGCCAUCUACACCUUGGUUGGGGCCAUCGUGGUUUGCAUCAUCCUGUACGCAUGGCAACGCAUGCGAGCGUGCCAGUCGCGUCCUGCGCUCGCACCUCCGGCAGCUGAGCAAGUAGAGACAACCACGGAGCAGGCAGAAGCUAGCGUGAGCUAUGUAGCUCCCGUUGCCACCGCUGCGGGUCGCCCUACCAUCGCCACAGCCAGCAGAGGGUCUUCGCCAUCCGUCAGGACUCAAUUCAAUGAAAUAUCUUAAGCUUAGUUUAUUUAAGUUUGUAAGCAAAAUUGUUAACUAUCAUCUUGUAAAUCAUUAUCCUUCAUCUCAUUCACAUCCUCUGGGGCCCGGAGCAUGUACAGUGCAAGCACACACAAGACAUCAUUGUGUCGGCACUUUACUAGCUACGCGCGCUCUAUACUUUAGUACACAAUUAUCACUCAAAUCGCGUGCACUCAUUAUCAUUCAAUUAAAUUCUAUUUUUACGUUUUCUUUGCGUAUUAAUCAACCUAUCAUCAAUAAAAGGUGUAGAGACCCUACAGAUAGUCUUGUAUAGAAACUCAAACAACUGCGUCCACUGAUCCGCAUCGUACGGACCGCAUCAUCGGCAAUGCCUACAUGCGAUGCGUACUGAUGACGUCAUACGGAAUGUGUACGAUGCGGGCCCGU